GCCCGGUGACUCAAGAGGAAUUGUCGAUAGCUGUUCAUCGUUUUUACAUUUUAUAACUUCAUUUUUUAUUAAAACAAAUAUUUUUAUAUGUAAACUACGUGUCAGUAGUUUUUUUGUUGCUGUGAAUAUAUUUUUCAAUGCGCGUUUUUACUCAUCUGGAGGGCUUUUACGUACAGGAGAAACGGCUUGGUUUUUAUUUCAAUUGAGCAGACUGUAAUCUUUAUCUGAAGAAGCGACUAAGGACAUAGGAGAGCUCUUUUGAGGACGUGCACGCGCCACGUCUGACCAUAGCGUGUGACGCACCUAUUGUUGUUUUAAAGGGUCGCGACUCACUCGCGAGGGCACAGGUGAGGAGCAGACACCUCGAGCUAGACCUCUUGGAUUCAUAUCAUUAUAGUUUGUGUGGAUUUACAGCAACAACAUGAGCAAAACGAAGAACAAAAGCGAAAAUAAGACGGAAAAAGCGUUGGCUGCUGAGAAAGAGCAGUUCGCUAAACAACAGCUCCACAGCAUCAGCAAAACUCUCGUCUCAGGAGAAACUCCACUUAAAGAGAAAUAUGUGCGCAAUAUUAUCAUGGGAACGUAUAAGGAGAGUGGAGCCGCCACCUUCUGGUCCUACACCCUCAACCUGCCUCUCUCCAGCAACUCCAUGAUCUGCUGGAAGUUCUGCUACCUGCUGCACAAAGUGCUCCGGGGGGGACAGAGAAAUGUCGUUAGAGACUCUCACAGAUACUGCCGCAACGUCAAAGACAUGGGCGUUCUCUGGGGAAGCUUACAUGAUCGAUACGGCCAGAUUGUUGCACUGUCUGCAAAAUUCCUCUGCCUCAAAAUGGAAUUUCAUGCAAAGCACAAGCUGAUCCCAGGCAACCUGGAGGCCAGUGAUGAGACUCUGGACAAGGAAACAGGAAAUGACAAAAACAAAGUGUUGGAUAUGACACAGGAACUGAUGGAUUACCUGGAUGCUGGACUGAAGAUGGAGGAGACAGUUCUGCGUCAGCUUGAUGCCAACGGCGCCAAAUCUGAUACUCCAGCUGGACAGUGCAGACUGACUCCUCUGAUUCCUCUGAUACUGGACUGCAGCUUCCUCUACCACUUCACUGUCCUGCUGAUGUUCAAACUGCACAGCUGCAUGGCUCCAGAUAUUCUUCUUGGACAUCGAGAGCGGUUCCGAGAUCUUUUUAACAGCCUCAAACCAUUCUUUGACAGAGCCAGGGAAACUGAGUUUUUUAAAACUUUUAUCCAGAUCCCAGAUCUCCCUGAUGCUCCACCAAACUUCCUCCGCGCUUCUGCCUUGGCUGAAUAUAAGAGGGCGGUGGUGGUGAUACCUAACGAGGAACGCACCGACAGAGAGGAGGCGGAACAGCAACCAGAGACCAGAGAAGCACCACAGAUGCCACAGUACUAUUUGCCAAACCAAAUGGGAGCACAGGAUGUUUCAGUGGACCAAAGGGAAACCGAAAACGAGGGUCUGAAGAGAGAGCUGCAGGCGCUCAGACCAGAACUACAGCUCAUCAAGUCUGAGGCUCGGAGGUGUUUAACUGAGUUGAAGUCUCAGGUGAAUCGCUUGGAGGCCGAGGUCGAGGAGGAGCGUAACUACAAACAUAUGGCCAUGGUGGAGAAGGAGCACCUGCGGCUGGAGGUGGAGGGCUUACGGUGCGCUAAUGUCGCCAACGUCGGGGCUCAGAUCGGAUACAAGGAGGCAGACCAUCGAGCUCAGUCAGCAGAGCUUCGUUUCACUCAACUCAAAGAGAGACAUGCAGAGCUCAUCACCAGCCACGCUGACUUAAUGAAGAAGAAUGCAGAAACAGUGAAGUUGUUCUCUGGUACAAAACAUGGUCAAGAUGAUUUGCUGAGAAGCAAACAGCAGCUUGAAAUCGAGCUGGAAAAUCUACGACGGGAGAACAGCAACAUGAUGAAUCAGCAGCAGCAGGAGUUUCAGCGCCUCAACAAAGAGCUUCUGGAGCAAAGGGCCCAGCUGGCUCUCCUUCGCAGCACGCUGGACAACAAAGACAUGGAGGGGUCUCAGUUCAGCAGCAGCCUGGCAGCUCUGCAUGCCGAGCGGGAGCUACUGCUGCGCUCCGCUCGAGAGAAAGACGCAGAGCUCUCCUCGCUGAGACAGCAGGCCCAGCAGCAGCAGGGCUCCCAGGACCUGGAGAGGGACCGCCUGCUCCGAGAGCUGGAGGCCCUCAGGGCGCAGCUGCAGCAACAGCUGACCAUCAAUGCAGAGCAGAAGUUGGAGAUCGACCGUCUGAGGCGAGAGUUGGACUCGACACGGUCGGAGUUAAAUCGUUCAAACGGCGCCCUGCAGAGCAGAGAAAUGAGUGGGACCCAGCUGAGCAGCUCUCUAGCAGGGUUGCAGGCGGAGAGGGAGGUGCUGCUGCGCUCCAUGAGGGACCAGGAGGCAGAGCUGAACUCCCUCCGCCAGCAGGCCCAGCUCCACCACAGCUCCCUGGAGCAGGAGAGGCAGAGGAGCAGCAUGGAAGUGGGCAGUCUGCACGCCCAGAUACAGCAACAGGCGUGUCGUGAGGGUGAGCUGACCCAGAAGCUGCAGGACGAGCAGUUCUGUCUGCUGCAGUGUGCUGUGGUGGAGGCCGAGGGCAUCAUACUGGAUGCUGUGGCCAAACUGGACGACCCCAUUCACCUCAGCUGCAUCAGCUCACCUGAUUAUUUGAUAAACCGAGCUGAAAUCACUCUGGGUUCUAUUGACAAAAUGCAGCAGAGUCACGUGGUUUACCUGGGAAACAGGAAUGAUGCCAGUGGUUUGCUGAGAGCGGUCACACAGUUCUCCCACCUCACUGCUGACACCAUUGUCAACGGAGCAGCAACAUCUCACUCUGCUCCCACCGACCAGGCCGACCGUUUGACUGACAGCUGUCGGGAUUGUGCGAAUCACUGCCUUCAGUUCUUGAAAGAUCUAAAGAUUCAGGCCAGUUUACAGCGAGCAGAUCCCUCCGCCGUGCGCUUCACUGUCCAACGCCUCCUCGGGUUGGCACAGGGUCUGCGUCCAACAGGGCAGGAUCUGCAAAAAGGAGAGCUGGGAUACCUGGUGGAUAAAGAGAUGAUCGCCACAUCAACUGCCAUUGAAGAGGCUGUGCUGAGAAUGGACGAGAUAAUGAAUCAGGCAAAGAGAGACACUUCUGGCAUCAAACUGGAGGUCAACCAGAGUAUCCUGGGAUCCUGUUCAGACCUGAUGAAGGCCGUUCACAUGCUGGUUACAGCUUCUGCUGACCUGCAAAAAGACAUCGUGGAAGGAGGCAGGGGAGCAGCUUCUGUUACAGAAUUUUAUGGCAAGAACUCUCGCUGGACAGAGGGACUCAUCUCUGCCUCUAAAGCUGUUGGCUGGGGCGCCACACAGCUGCUAGACUCAGCGGACCGGGUGGUGGCUGAAAAAGGAGCGUACGAGGAGCUCAUCGCGUGUUCACAUGAGAUCGCUGCGAGCACAGCUCAGCUCCUUGCUGCCUCAAAGGUGAAGGCCGACCGUAACAACAAGAAGCUGCAGACCCUGAAGCAGGCCUCGCGCCACGUUAAUGACAUGGCUGCUGUGGUUGUCACCUCCACCAAAUACGGGCAGGAGAAGAUCUCUGACCCAGUUUUGAUGGACUUCUCUGGCAGAUCUUUGAUCAAACUGAAAACAGAGGAGAUGGAAACUCAGGUGCGGGUGCUGCAGCUGGAGAGCCAGCUGGAGCAGGAGAGGGUCCGUCUGGGGGAGCUGAGGAAGAGGCACUACGAGCUCCACUCCUCUGUCGAUGAAGCAGACGAAGAUCCCGACAGCUUCCCACCGCCACCACCACCUACUCUGCUCGAUUCCCCGACAGCAAAUCAGUCCAUCCCACAGACACAGCCUUACAUAACCACACAUACUAAUCCGUUUGCACCGUCUCAAACACAGCCUCAGUCAUACACACCAACACUACCACAGGCACAAACCUACACCCCUUCCACCGCUUCUCAAAUCUACACCCCUUCCCUAACUACCACCACUUCUCAAAUCUACACCCCUUCCCUAACUACCACCUCUUCUCAAAUCUACACCCCUUCCCUAACUACCACCUCUUCUGAAAUCUACACCCCUUCCACCUCUUCUCAACUCUACACCCCUUCCUUAACUUCCACUUCCUCUCAACUCUACAUUCCUUCCCAGACUUCUACUUCCUCUCAAAUCCACACCCCUUCCCAAACGUAUACCCCUCCUCAGACCUACACACCCUCUCAGCCUUUCAUCCCGUCUCAGCCUUUCAUGCCGUCUCAGCCCUACACACCUCAGCCCUACACACCUCAGCCCUACACACCAAGCACGACUUACUUAAACCCUCAGUCUUACUCGCUGUCAACGCCCUCCACUCAAACCUCCCCCAGCCUCUCUCGGCCUCAGUCUCCGUCUCUGACCCGGGCAGACCCGCAGAACGCAGAGACCGUCAAACCAGCCUCAAGAAAACCCAACAUCUUUACCAAAUCUGGAAACUUGUUGAAGAAUGCGUUCAAAAGAGGUGAAACUGGAACAGGGGAGUCUUGAAUCCUGACUGAAGAAGACUCUGACAUUUCAAUUAAAAAUCAGUGGAAAUAUAAACAUCCUUACUUUAACAUUUUAAAAUCGCUGAUUUAAAUCAAAUGUUAUCUCUCUGGAGAAAAAAAAUGUCACUUAAUUGUGCAAAUGUAUAUUUUCCAACUUAUUUUUGUAAUAAUACGGAAGCCUAUUUUAUGUUUAUGAUUGCUGUUGUAUACUGAGUUGAUUUAAUAAAU